CGCAAAAAAAGCGGGCAGUCCGGAUCUUCUUCUCAAAGUGGAUGCGAGGAAGAACCGGAAUACCAACGGCGAGAUGGUGAAAGAAUGUCCGACGAGCAACUACAACAACUUUUGGCUCAAAAUCCUCAAUUUUUCCAUCAACGAGACAUCCCGGACGAUAUUCACACCAUUGACGAAGAAGAGCUCGAGGAUGACGAUCCGGAGGAGGACGCGGGGGGCGCCGGGAGUCACGACACCCCGGAUGAGGAGCAAGCGGCGGAUUACGAGGGUGGUUCAUCCCAAAUAGGCGGAUACGGGAGCCUCAAAAGGCAUCUUAUGGGCAAGCACAAGGUGGAGUACGCAAAAAUUGAGAAAGGCAAGGGGAAGCAAACACAAAUAUCGAGGUUUGCAAAUAACCAACCUUAUGGUAAUUUCUCAUACAAUGAUCAACAAAAUUUGACUGGUAUGGCUAACUUUAUAGUUGAAGAAAAUUUACCUUAUUUGUUUUCUGAAAGUGUUUCUUUUAAAGAGUAUGCACAAACUUGUUUAAAUCCUCAAUUUCGAAGUUAUAGUCGAAAAACGGUUAAAAAAGAAAUUAUAAGGCUUUAUAAGGUGGAAAAGUUGAACUUACAAAUUUUUUUUUGCAAACUAUGAUGGACGUGUUACUGUUUGUUCUGACAUAUGGG